CUCUCUCUAUAUGUAUAUAUGUAUAAACUUAAAUACAUCGACCGAUUAAAGCGCAAUUUUUUGUUGCUCUUUUGCGCUUUGAUUAUUUUGAUUUGGAUUAUGAUUACGAUUAUGAUUGGUUUCGUUGAUUUUUUUCUUUUUCAAGCAGUCAAUAUGUUAUUAUUCAUGGAUGAUUUGUGAGUUUGCUGAUUUUAGGGUUUCCAAUAGAAUUUUAGUUUUUGGUUGUUUCUUUGUAUGUUUUGUUGGGGAUAAUAUUGUUGUUGGUCAUAUCUUUUGCCUACUCUUGCAUGAUGAACACACAUGGUAUACAACAUAAGGUACAUAGAUUAUUACACAUUCAAAACAUGACCUUUAACCCGAUCGGCCUUGUGACGCCAAGCCUGUGAAAAACCGAAUUGGGUGCGGGUUGAUCUGUCCAAGUAGUAUCCCUACUGCUUUUUUUUUCUUCCGGCAGUCAUAUUCAGGCAACACAAAACCCUAAUUGAUACUGGUCUGUCUUCCUUUGUCCUAUUCGCCUUUGGGUCUUAACUCUUAAGCCGUGACGAAAAAAAAAAAAGAAAAAAAACCCCUAAUUGUGGUGGAAGACAGAGAGAUGAUGGUGUCUUGCGUUGAGGAUCAAGAAGAUCCGUAUGUUACAAUUCCCUUUGGUGGAUUAAACAAAAGCAAGAUGAAGAUAAAGCAGCAGCAAGGCUGCAUUCAUUCAAUGGUAGUUGCGGAGUAGUUAUAUUCUCAAAGAAAAACGAGAGGAUGACAUCCCUGAGAACUAGUUUGACGACAAAUGUCAAGUCAUCAAAUGCAUGUGAACAUGCACCAGUGCCUUAUCCAGAAGUUGUUCUUUGCAUUGAGGUUUACCAUAACAAACAAACAUGGGUAGAGACCAAAGAAUUCUUGGUUUUAGGACGGCAAGAACUGCAGGACAAGAUAUAUUGCUUGACAGAUGGGGUUAUGAAAGAAGCAGGGCAGUACUAUACAUCUGGAUAUUUCCUUAAAAAUAUAUUUUGCAAUGACUUGAGGGAUCCUUCUGCUAUAGACUACAGUGAACCUAUAUUUGUUUGGCUUAGAAUUUCGAAGAAUGAGGCACUUGAAAAGUGGGAAUGUAUCAUUUCUGGUGAAUUACAGCAGAAGCAAAAAGAACUUUUAGGCAAUGUGGUAAUGCCUCACUUCAAGACAGUUGACAUGCACAGGACCCGCUUUUGAGACUUAAAAUUUUGACUUGGUGCUGGUUAUCUUUACUUUCACCAGGGAGAUUGCAGGCAUUUAAUUGUAAUAAGAGACAUGAGGUUGAUUCAUCCAGAGGAUGUACAGAAUCGAGCAGCUUAUCCAAUUGUCACAUUUCAACCAAAAUUGCGUGCACGUAAAUGCUCCGCAUGUAAGAUUUACGGAGCAAAAAAGGUGACCAUGGACGAUAAGGCUAUUUCCGCUGUGCUUGCUAUUACUUGUUUCACUAUGUAAAUGGGUCACUAGUAGAUGAUGACUUUUCACAGUGUUAUUAUUUUCAUGAAUAAUUCUUGCUGUUUUGGUACAGGAAAAAGAAAGAAAGAAAGAAAGAAAAUUUACAUAGCAUACUUAAUAUUUCCCUUUGCUUAAUGCGUAGGCUUGUGUAGUACUAAAAUUUAUAUUCAAUUACCGACGACAGUCUGAAUUUUUUAACAUUUAGGGAUUGAAUGAGAAUGAACUAUCUAAUUUGACAUAAGUUCUUAUUUUUCACUGUAUCUCGUCCUCCUCUCUCUCUCUCUACAUAUAUAUAUAUAUAUAUUUCUCUUUGGGAUGAGGGGAGGGGUUAUGUCUGGGAUUGUGCAACGUUCCUUGUUUUCCAUAAGUUGCAGUAUUCAUUCAUGUUUCGCUAAAGGUUUAUGAUUGUU